AUGCCACCCAAGACUAGGAAUCCUACUAUAAGGGAAAUUGUUGAUGAAUCAAUUUCUCAAGCUCAAGGCGUUCGUCAACGAGGUCGUGUUUCAGUUCGUGCUCGAAACAGGCGUAAAGCUAAUGUUGGCGGAUGUGGUUUGAAUGCUGAUGUUGAGGUACCUAGGACGAGGUGCGGAAAUACAGCCAUGGAAGAGUUUGUUGCUGGUCUGCAGGGAUUACAACAGGUUGUGCAACAACUUGUUGGGGUUGUCGUCGGACAACAACAUGAGGGUGAUCAAAGGCAUGAAAAUGUUAAUGGUCAACAAAAGGUUAGACAAGUUGAGCAUCAGACAACUGCUGCAACGAGGGGUAUUGAGGUUACUUUACCAGACUUCAUGAAGCUUAAACCCCCUACUUUUUCUGGGUCUAGUGCGACAAAUAAUCCACAACAAUUCGUUGAUAGUCUAGAACGGCUUUGGAGAGCAUUGGGUUGUUCUGAGCUAAUAGGCGUGGCACGUGAUUGGUUUGAUAUAGUGUCACGUGGUAGGCAAGUGGGGUCACCACCGUUAGCAUGGAGAGAGUUCUCUCAGUUGUUCAUGGCUCGUUUUCUUCCAGAGAGUGUUAGAGAUGGAUUAGCUCAUGAGUUUGAGCGAUUGGAGCAAACAGAGGGUAUGACAGUUUCAGAGUAUAGUGCUCGUUUUACACAGCUCUCUAGACAUGCUCCUUAUCCUAUCACUGAAGAGAUGCGUGUUAAAAGGUUCAUUAGAGGAUUGAAGGAUUAUUUAUUUAGAUCUGUGGUUGGGUCGAAUUGUUCUACUUUUGCUGAGGUUUUGAGUUUGGCCCUUUUGAUUGAGCAACGACAGAAGGAAAAAAGAGGCAAUAAACAAGAUUCACAUAAGAAGCAAAGGAUUGAAGGAUCUUACAAUAACUAUUCAAAUCGCGGUGGUGGAUCUAUGUUUGGUUAUCAUGGGCAACAAAGACUCAUGUCUCAAAGGGGUGGUCAUAGUGGGCAGUCUUCUGGGACAAUGCAGAUUCGUAGAUCAGAUUCUAGAGCAGCAUCACAAUCCACUUUCCCUCAGAGACAUUCUGGUGUUUCAGCUACACGAUGUUCUACUUGUGGUAGGUUUCACUUCGGUAAUUGUUCUAGAGAUGGUAAUGCUAAGACUCAUUCUGCAUCUGUGCGUCAGAGGGGAAAUUCUUAUGUUAGGGGUUCAGGAACAUUUCAGCAGCGAGGUAGAGGAUUUGGUGGUAGAGAAGAGCCUUUAGUUGUAGCUACACCUGUUGGAGGGAAUUUGCUUGCUAAGUCGGUGUAUCGUUCUUGUGAUGUAACUAUUGAUGGCAAGGUGUUGCCGGUAGAUUUAGUAGUUAUUGACUUGAUAGGUUUUGAUGUGAUUUUGGGUAUGGAUUGGUUGGCUUUGCAUCAUGCCACUUUGGAUUGUCAUAACAAAGUGGUGAAAUUUGAGAUACCAGGACAAUCAGUCUUCUCAUUUCAAGGAGCACAUUGUUGGGUACCACAUAACCCAAUCUCAGCAUUGAGAGCUGGAAAGUUAAUGAGAAGAGGUUGUCAAGCCAAAACUCAUCCUAUAUAUAUACCUCCUUAUCGUAUGGCACCAGCAAAACUUAAAGAGCUAAGGGAACAACUUCAAGAUCUUCUUGAUAAGGGUUUUAUUCGUCCAAGUUCUUCUCCUUGGGGAGCACCCGUCUUAUUUGUAAAGAAGAAAGAUGGAUCCAUGCGGCUAUGUGUAGACUACCGACAAUUGAAUAAAGUAACUGUGAAGAAUAAAUAUCCGUUACUCCGCAUUGAUGAGUUGUUUGACCAACUUCAAGGAGCUCAAUGUUUUUCUAAGAUUGAUUUGCGGUCGGGGUAUCACCAGUUGAAGAUUAAGAGGGAUGACAUAACGAAGAUAGCUUUUCGCACGCGUUAUGGACAUUAUGAAUUCCUAGUUAUGUCUUUUGGGCUUACUAAUGCCCCAACAACUUUCAUGGAUUUGAUGAAUUGCGUUUUUAAACCAUUCUUGGAUCAAUUUGUGAUUGUGUUUAUUGAUGAUAUCCUUGUUUAUUCCAAGAGUAAAGAAGAACACAAGCGACAUUUAAGGUUGGUUUUGCAAACCUUAAGAGAUAAACAAUUAUAUGCCAAAUUCUCAAAAUGUCAGUUUUGGCUGGAUAGUGUGGCAUUUUUAGGACAUGUUGUGUCUAAGAAUGGAAUAAGCGUAGAUCCAAGUAAGGUGGAAGCAGUCCAGAGUUGGCCCAGACCUACCAAAUGA